UUGGUGAUGGACAGGGAGGCCUGGCGUGCUGCGAUUCAUGGGGUCGCAAAGAGUCGGACACAACUGAGUGACUGAACUGAACUGAACUGAAGUUCAUUAGGAAAAGGGACCAAUUUUAUUUCUGAGACUUUGGACAAAUCAUGUUCUGAGCAUCAGCGAUUUCAUCUGUACAGGGAUGAUAAGAAUACCAGUUCUAUUUACCUCUACGUGGAUAAGAGGGUCAAACAAAAUAGCAUAAAAGCGAUUUUGCAAACUGUAAAGAAAACCACAGAUGUUUGUGGAGUCAAUGCUAGCGUAGCCGUUGUUUAGCGGCUUUGCUGUGAUGCGUCACUGGGUUAAGGAAAUAAACUCAUAUGGUACAAGACAACCUGGGCUGAGUCCAGAGCCCUCUGUUCUAGCUAAGAUAUUAACUAGUUUGAUGACUUGGUUGAGACACUUUGGGCCGAGAUCAGGUGCGUUCAGAGUGGUAUGGCUGUAGACAAGACACUUUGGGAGUCUGUUACCCCAUCUCUGCAAUGAGAAUGGAGUCUAGUACCAUGCAGAGCUCACAGAGAUGGGAAAGGAAAUGAGCUGGUGGACAAGGAGCCCUGUGCUUUGUAAAUCUGAAGUCUGGCUAUAGGAUGCCAGGGCAUCUCACACGUGGAGGUGCUGGGUGUUUGCUCGUCCCCUUCAAGCUCAUGUGUAGGAGCUGAGGGACCACUUUCAUCCUGGGGCCCUGCCCUCUGCCAGCCUUCUCCGAGGGGUGGAAUGUUCCACUGGGGAGCUUCCUGGGCAUGUUCUUUUCUCCUACAAACCUGAGAGCACAGAAGAUGCAUCUGGCUGGCUUCCUGCUCCUCUUUCUGGCUGGACGACUGGUCCUUUCUCAAGGUCAGCUGCAUCCCAAGCACUAUGGCCAGGGUCAUGCCCACCUCCCCCAUCAGGCUCCUGGCACAGGUGAGGGCUUCUCCAGCCUCAAGAUCAACCCAGGCAACACCACCUUUGCCCUCCGCUUCCACCACCUGUUGGCUUCCCAAGCCCCCGAGGGCAGUAUCUUCUCCCCUCUGAGCAUCUCCGGACUAGCUAUGCUGUCCCUGGAGGUCAGCUUGCACAGCAGGACUCAGAUCCUGGAGGGUCUGGGCUUCAACCUCACACAGGUAUCAGAAUUCGACAACCACCAAGGCUUCCAGAACCUUCUGCACACUCUCCACCUCCCAGGCAACAGGCUGGAGAUAUGCGUGGGCAACGCCUUGUUCCUGAGCCCUGAGCAACUGCUUCUUCUGAGAUUCCUCAAGGACUCCGCAACCUUCUGUGAGUCUAGACUCUUCUGCACCAACUUCAAAGACUCUGUGAGCAUGACCCAGCUAAUCAACCACCACCUUAGGGAAGAAACUCGGGGGAAGAUUGUGAAUUUGGUCAGCAAGCUCAGUGCCGAUACUAUGACGAUGCUGGUAAAUUACGUGUACUUCAAAGCUCUGCGGGAGAAACCACUCAUCCCUUCCUUGACCGCUCCCCACAACUUCUAUGUUGAUGAGGACCCCACAGUCAAGGUGCCUGUGAUGCCACAGGAUACCCAGCACCACUGGUAUCUUCACGACAGGUACUGCCCUGCUUGGUGCGUGACGGAUUGCCAAGGAAACACAACAACCCUCUUUAUCCUUCCUGACCAAGGGAAGAUGGAGCAGGUGGAAGCGGUUUUGACUCCCAAGAUGCUAACAAGAUGGAGCAACUUGCUCCGGAAGAGCCAUUUUUGCAGGAAGCUCAAGUUGUAUCUCCCCAAGUUCUCCAUUUCCAGCACCUAUAGAUUAGAUCGGAUUUUGCCCGAGCUGGGCAUCACAGACCUGUUCUUGCAGCGGGCUGACUUGUCUGGCAUCAUGUAAGAGCUAAACCUGCGGGUGUCCAAGAGUUUCCGCAAGGCCAUCCUGGAGGUGGGUGAAGUUGGCACCCAGGCUGCAGUGGCCCCCGGCAGUUUUGUCACCUUUUGCCCCCAGGACAAUUGCUAAGCCCUUUGGUUUAACCAGUUCUUCCUUGUGAUCUUUUCCACCAACGCCCAGAGCAUCUUCUUUCUGGGAAAAGUGGUCAACCCCACAAAACCAUAGCCCUCCCAGGGCUGGCUUGUCUGUUACAAGCAGGAGGACGUAGCCUGGAGGGUGAGGUGUGUGCAGCUCUGGGGUUGGAGUGGAGGAUGCAGAAGAUGCAGAGGAUCCGGGGAAGAAGUUGUUGGUGAAGGAUGCGGGUAGUAUCUGAAGGGUGUGGACUGGACACCCAGCUCCUCAGGGCUCUGUCACCCCAGACAGAUCAUCUAACCUCUUUGAGCAGGUCUACCUUGGAAAGUGGGAGAAAUGUCCACCACCACCCCCACCGCCCAGGGUAGUUAUACAGAUUAAACAAAAUGAUGGCUACGGGGAGCCUGGCUCAGCGCUUCCCAUAUAGUGGAUACUCAAUCAAUGCAUCCCUUUCCUAUCCCUCUGGGGUUUGCCUGUGGUCCCCUGGCACACCUGGUCCAGGACACAGUGGUGAGAUGUUCCAAAUUCCAGUAAGUUCACGAGGUGUGUGUGUGUGGUAGGCAGUCGUGGUGUGGGCAGCCAGUAGACAGGGCAGGUGCCAUUUCAGAGCCAGGGUUCAGAAGGCCUUGGCAGGGAGAGUGCCCACCAAGGCAUCUGCUACCGAGACUGGAGAUGGAGGCUCAGGGAGGCAAGCUGUCGCAGGGGAGCUCAGGCCCUGCCCCACCUGUGGUCACGGGGAUGUGGCCAGUAUCCCUCUCAGAGCAGAUUGCCAUGGCCACGGACUGAGCUUCACAAGAAGGAGAAGUGUGAGAUGUAGGAGUCUAGAGGCCUAUCUUCCCAUCCCUGCUGUGCCCUCGAGGUGCUCUGAGACUUUUGUGGUCCUUCCCACUCUGGACUUCAGUGUCCCAACAUUGGUAAUGUUAGCUGGCCCAGUAUUAAAAAGCAGAGACAUCACUUUGCUGACAAAGGUCCAUCUAGUUAAAGCUAUGGUUUUUCAGUUAUGGUUGGAUGUAAAAGUUGGACUAU